GGAGCAUGAUCCAGAGGGCAAUACCUGAAUUCUGAAGCUGGGGAAGACACGUUCGACCACCAAGCAUCAAGCUAGCCCAGGACCUUCCUUGAUCAGUUAUGUGGCCACCCGAAAGGGCAAGUCUCACCUCACUGCUCUCAAGGUCUGGAGCCAUUGGCUUGACGUUCAUUCAGCAACCUUCUAGAUGUGUGAGCUCAGAUGAACAACCCCUCAAUGGCUGGUACAUCUGGUGGCUAAUGCUGCUCUCGCUGAUCUCCAUCAUAUGCUGCAUGGUCCUUAUCUGCCUCCACUGUUGGCUGAAGAGAUCCCAUUCCAGGUCCUCUGGGCGCACUGUGGCAGUGUUUGCUGUCAGCGACAUUGAGUCCAUUUCUGGCACAGAAUCAGUGACCAAUCCAACAGCAAGACUUGACCUUCAUUCUCCAGACCCUGAGCUUUAUUCUGGGUCCUGUAUUAUCCCUUUGGGCCCCCCACCUCCCUAUGAAGAUACCCAGAAGACAAGCAGAUUGUAACCAGGAGCAUCUUUUGUAAGAACCAAAGGUUUUUCUCCUCCCCCACCAGCCAGUCCACUAGAGGGUCAGUCUUCCACUUUUAGUCUUCUUAGCCCAGACUUCAUAAGAGGCUAACAUAAUAGGCAAAUAGCUCAUCUUCUAAUGUGAUAUUGCCCAAAGGAGAACAAAAGAAAAAAAGGAUGCCCAGUCUCUGGCACUGUGCUUGAAUGAAAGGAAGACUAGUCCUGGCUGUUAGGUCACUCCCUAUCAGGGGAGUCAUCACACACACACACACACACACACA